AUGUCGUUCGGCAAAUCUCGUACAGUUACUCUUUGUUCCUUGGCGAAUUUCAUCAAUGCUGCUGAUCGAGCAAUCAUGCCCAUUGCCAUUAUCCCAAUGGCGAAGGAAUUCAGUUGGAAUUUACGAUUACAAGGUUAUAUUCUAUCAUCGUUUCCGAUCGGAUACUUAACAAGUCAAAUAUUUGCUCAUAUGUUCGUACGGCGUUUUGGCACAAAGAGUGUUCUUACCUUCGCGGUGUUUACAUGGUCAUUAGUCACCUUUGCAACACCGUUUUUGGCACCUUUGCCAUUCCUAUUGAUAUGUUCGAGAAUUGCGCUCGGCUUUGGUGAAGGUUUAGCAUUACCAACAAUAUUUCAUAUAUUCAGUAAUUAUGUACCAAUGGAAGAACGAUCGAGAUCGUUUAGUUAUUUAAUUGCCUUAGGAUCAGUUGGACAAACGUUUGCAGCUGUGGUGUGUCCGCACAUGGCAUGGCGUACAGUUUUCUUUAUUUUCGGUUUAAUGGGUUUUUUGUGGUCAUUUAUGUGGAUUGUAACUUAUCGUGAUUUUAACAUUUCUAUGGGAAAUGCAGGAGAUGAAGAAGCUUUCAUUCAUCCAUCAUCUAAAGUAGGAAAUAAAAACUAUCGAUGGAUCGAAUUUAUGUCGCAAUGGCCACUAUGGGCCAUUUAUAUAGCGCAUUUUGCUAUGAAUUGGUCGUCGUACAUUGUUAUGGUAUGGUUACCAUCGUACCUAACAACAACAUUUGAUGCUGAUCCAACGAAUUUAUCAUUUACAGCAUUUCCAUAUGUUAUGAAUUGUUUGUCUGGUGUUGCCGCAGGCCAUUUUGCAGAUUCGCUCAUUCAAAAUCGAUGGACUGUCUUGUCCGUUCGUCGAUUGAUGACCGCUAUUGGUCUACUCGGCCCUGGCCUCUUCAUGCUUCUCUUCAUAUCAGUAGACAAUCUUCUUCUAGCUGUUGUUUUCAUAUCAAUCAGUAUGGGCCUAAGCGCAUGUAAUUCUGCCGGUCACUUAUCAAAUCAUGCUGAUAUAGCGCCUAAUCAUGCUGGCAUAACGUUUGCUAUAUCGAAUACACUCGCCACGAUUCCUGGCAUCUUAGCUGGCCCUGUAACAGCUGAACUAGUACAAGCGAGUCAUGGUCGUUGGUUUCCAGUAUUUAUUCUUGCAAGUGGUGUUAAUUUUGUUGGCGCGAUUAUCUAUCAAAGUCAAAGCGCAUCGACACAAAUACUGUGA